UUCCCAAAGAAAUAUUCAGUAUUUUUUCUAUGAAUUCAUAAUAGAUUUUAGAAAACAAACGAAUUAUAAAAAAAAUAGAAGAAAAUUAUUGGAAUAAGAUUGUUAUUUAUGUGAUUGUAUUGUAAUUAAUGAUUAAUAACUAGCAAGAUCUGAACUUGGAGUUUUAAGGUUAUAUUGUCAUCUAGAAAAUCGAAUUAUUCAAGAACUAACAAAAUGACAUUUUCUCCUGAUUUACAAGUCAUUGUAUUGGCAGCUGGUAAAGGCUCUCGAAUGCCUGAACUCUUAUCUGGUAAACCAAAAUGUUUGCUUCCAAUAGGACCAAAACCAUUGAUAUGGUACAUUCUAUAUAAAAUACAAUCUAUGGGAUACAAAGAUUGCAUUGUAGUUGUUCUUGAUAAUCAAAAGAUUGAAAUAGAAGAAGCAAUCAAAGAGUGUGGUCUCCAUAUUAAUGUUGAUUUUCAUAUGAUUCCCCACGAUGAGGACUUUGGUACUGCAGACUCUUUACGUUCUAUCCAUGAGUUUAUUCAUUCUGAUGUGCUUGUCUUACCUUGCGAUUUAUUUACUGAUAUAAAUUUAGGCACAGUCAUUACAAAAUUCAGGGCAGAAGAUGCAGCCUUGGUUGCUUUAUAUCUCCAACCACAUUCUUUCAAUGGGUUGACUCUGCCUGGUCCAAAAACAAAGAAUAAACAAGAGAGGGAUAUUAUUAUGGUUGAUGAGGACACUCAUAGGUUAGUGCUGCUUGCCUCAACCAGUGACUACGAGAACGAUUUUAUUGUUCAAGAUUCCUUAUCAGUCAAAUACCCAAGGUGUAUUUCAUAUACAAAUCUAGUGGAUUCACAAGUUCUGCUGAUGAAAAAGUGGAUUAUUGAUUAUUUGACAAGUCAGAAAGCAGUUUCAACGUUGAGAGGGGAAUUUUUACCUCAACUCAUUAGGAAACAUAUGAUAAAUUCUGAAUCGAAUGAUGAAAUUUUGAACUAUUCCAAAACCGAAAAGAAGGAAUUAUAUCCCAGAAUCCCUGAUGAUGUAGUUCGAUGUUUUGCUCAUAUUGCUGACAAACAGAAUUUUGGUAUUCGAGUAAAUACUCUUGCAUCGUUUUAUUUCAUGAAUUCAAAGUUGGCAGAUAUUUGGGAGAGAAUUGCCCCUAAGGAGAAACUCGUUUUGAGAAGUCCAAAAGCAGAUAUAAAAUCCACGCAAGUCGAUGACAAAUGUAUUAUUUGGGAGAAUGCAAAACUCAGCGAAAAGACUUCAUUUAAAAAUACUAUUAUUGGACCCAAUGUGGAAAUUGGUAGUUUCAGUAGGGUCUUUAAUUGCAUAUUGAUGAAAAAUGUGGUUAUAAAAGAGAGGGUAGCUUUAGAAAACUGUAUAAUAUCAGAUAAUACAGUUAUAGAGUCAAAAGCACAACUUAACUCUUGUAUUGUUGGAUGUAAUCAAAUUAUCCCUGAAGAAUCAAAGCAUAGUAAUGAAAUAUUAACCAAUUCUGAUCGUUUGAUAGAAGAAAAUAAUUGAAAGGAGGUCAAGCUUUUGUGAUAAAAUAUUUAAUGUAACUGUGAAAUUAAUUUUCGAACGAAUUAAAAACUCAAUUAUU